CAAUGCCUCAGUAAGGGGCGCUAUGUGUCCCUUUCCUGCGCUGUCUGCCUACGAGUCCUGACGGAGGGCACACGCAGCCCUGGGCCACUCUCCCGUCUACUAAAGCAAGAUGGCAGCUGUUGUUGAGAAUGUUGUCAAACUGUUGGGAGAGCAGUACUACAGAGACGCCAUGGAGCAAUGCCAUAACUAUAACGCCCGGCUCUGUGCUGAGAGGAGCGUCCGAAUGCCGUUCCUCGACUCUCAGACCGGAGUGGCUCAGAGCAACUGCUACAUUUGGAUGGAGAAGAGACACAGGGGACCAGGCAUGGCACCAGGGCAGCUCUACACCUACCCAUCCAGGAGGUGGAGGAAGAAACGUCGAUCUCAUCCUCAAGAGGACCCCAGGCUCAUCUUCCCUCCUGUCAAGUCAGAGAUCGAUGUAGGACUGAAGAAGGACGCUCUGUUAUCAGCGGAUGGCAGCAGCCUGGAGGCCCUGCUGAAGGGGGAGUCCAUAGAAAAACGGGCGACAACAGAGCUCCGAGGGUCCGAGGAGGAUUCAAAUCCGAGUGACUACACAGGAGGCCUGAACCCUGCUGCUCGGAUUAGAAAGAGAAUCCUCGAGCCCGAUGACUUCCUGGACGACCUGGAUGAUGAAGACUAUGAGGAAGACACGCCUAAAAAAAGAGGCAAGGGAAAGGGCAAGGGUCGAGGAGUCGGCGGUAACAAGAAGAAGCUGGAUACGGCGGCGCUGGAGGACCGAGACAAGCCGUACGCCUGUGACAUCUGUGGGAAGCGCUACAAGAACCGUCCCGGUCUGAGCUAUCACUACGCCCACUCCCACCUGGCAGAAGAGGAGGGUGAGGAGAAGGAAGAGCUGGAGAUCAACGAGCCUGCAUUGCCACUGCCGGAUGAGCCUAAAAGUAAAACUACCAAGAAAGGCCCAGAUGGUCUCGCAUUGCCUAGUAAUUAUUGUGAUUUCUGCCUGGGAGACUCCAAAACCAAUCACAAGACUGGCAAGUCAGAGGAGCUGGUGUCCUGCUCCGACUGCGGACGCUCAGGCCACCCAUCCUGCCUGCAAUUCACUCCUGUAAUGAUGGCGGCUGUGAAGACGUACCGCUGGCAGUGCAUAGAGUGCAAGUGCUGCAACAUAUGUGGCACCUCAGAGAAUGACGAUCAGCUUCUGUUUUGUGACGACUGUGAUAGAGGCUAUCACAUGUACUGUCUCAACCCACCAAUGGCUGAACCUCCAGAGGGGAGCUGGAGCUGUCAUUUAUGUCUGGACCUUUUGAAAGAUAAGGCAUCCAUAUACCAGAACCAGAACGCCCCACCAUCGUGAUGGCUGCCUCCCCUGUGCUCACACUCAACCGUCCCGCAGCAGAAUGGUUUACCCUUCAAUAUCGAAAAUGAGCUCCCCCGACGAGCUGAGCUCGGAGGGAGGGUGUUAAGAAAAGAUAAUAAAUUGUGAAAAAGGAUGUUUCCCUCACCAAACUGCCCUCACUUAGCUGCAGAUAUGACUGUUACACAGUUCCAAGCUCAGAUACAGCCCCAUUGAUUCUUUUAUUUUCGACAUGGCCAAUUUGAGCAGGACUGAAUUUCAUAACAUAAAUAGACAAAAUCUGACCCCCCAUUCAGGUUUUCUACACAUACACAUACACAACGUUUGCUAAAACCUACUCUUUCCUGCAGUGUGCUGAUUUUAUGACUAGAGCAGAAAUAGAUCUUGUUGGAAUCAAGUAGCAUGCCAGUGCUUGCUAAUCGUAAAAAUAGAUUUUAUAAUAUUUAUAUAUUUCUAUGGUAUAUAAUAGUGUUAAGUAUGUACAAAUCUGAAAGAAAGAAUGGAAUGUAAUGUUUUUUUAUUAUUGCCCAUUUCAUCAUUUUGGAAAUAUCCACAGCCAAGUGGCACUGCUGAUAUUUGGGGAUUCUCUCGUUAAAAUCAAAGGGAACUGCUGAGACUGUAAAGGAUUUUGCUUCUUAUCCACUGCCGCACAGAAACUACAAUUCAGGAACUAUGAAUAGAAACCCCGACGUGCUCGUCAAAGUGGCUCCAGAGGCUGAGGGGCUCGAGGAAUGGCAGGUUAGACAUUAGUCUGGUUGUGUGCUUGUGGCUCAUUAAGCAGUACAGAGCUCGAAAGGAUGCAUGACAUAACAAUGUGCAUGUUUUAUUUAGGCUUUGGGGCCUUUUUGACAGAAAUUGUUAGCUUUUUACACUGGUCUUCUAUUUAUUAGACUGGAAAACUGUCUUCAAUCUGCACACCUGGCCCUUGUUAGACCGAUGAUGAUGGUUAUUCAAAUCAAAAAACUAAUCCUACUUGCAUUAUCAGCCAGUUAAAGGGAUAAAAAGCCUCUGUCGCUGUGUUUUAGCAGUUUGCUCAUCAGCACUAUAUCCAAUAUCUGUUGAUGUUGUGACACCAUUAGCAUAUUUUAAUGUAAUUGAGGACUAACCAACCUCAUAGAUGGUCACUUGGUGACAAUACAAAAGCAAUAUGAGAUCUCCUGUAGGAGGCUGGGAUGACAGGGAUUCAUGGCGCCGCGUCUGUUUAAGCUCUGUUGGCAGAUUUUAUAGAUACUGUACAUUUUCUUUCUCAGAAAAUGCUAUAACAGAGAGGGGACUAUGGCAACAAAUAUGGAUGACAUAAUGUAUAAAAGAGAUUAUAAUGUGCAUAUGUAUAGUGCUAUGAAGAACUGUUCUUUUUGUCACUGCUUUCAUAGUUUUAUUAUGUAAUGGUUUUCUUCUGUGGCAAUGCUAAAAGAAAAGGUCUGGUUACUUUACCUCAAACAGUAUUUUAAAGGGUUGAAACAUGCUGUUGAUAGAUGGGACAAAGGCAGAGGGAUACAUAGUAAUGACAGCUGCGGUGUCUGCUUCAAUAACUGCAUAAUCUACAGGUAAAUAUGUGCAUGCUCAGUAAUCGUCUGCACUCUCAUAUGCUACAUAUUUGUCUCAGCGUUAGGCUGGCAAGGUGUUGGGAAGUGGCAUAAUAUAAAUUAACCAAGCUAUCAUGUCUUUUCAAUAGCCAACUAACAAUUACUACACAAGUAUAACUUGGUUUAUUCUCUCAUCACGUUUAAAACUUGGUUAUGUAGAGACAGUGGCUACUAGAAUAUUUUGCUGGUUUUUGUAUUCAUGGAUGAUGUUUGCGUACUUGAUCUGUGGGACAUUUGGGAUAAAGUGGAAUUUGCUCUCUAGUUAAUCCUGUGAUCCAGGUGUCAACCGUGCUGCCCUCUUCCAAAGCUCUAAACAAGAAGCAAAGCCCGUAAUGUGAUUAGGAGACAAAUUCUGGAGCUGCACCUUUCACACUGAAUGGUUAAGUCAAGAUGGACCCAGUGUCUUCUGUCUAUGCUGCAUUUAGAGGCCAUGAACAAGAAGGAAGUCCACCUGUUGUUGUUGUUGUCGUUGUUAUUGUAGUACAUUUAAUAUCUCAGAUUAUGGUUUUCUGGUCUCGAGCUUUGGGGGAGAAUUGUUCAUCAAGACAUACAAUGUUUAAACCAAGGUCACAGGUUUACAUAGUAGGUGAAUAUUCUUUGGAUUGUGAUGGAAUGUUUUAUUGUGCGAAAUUGGUCUUCAGGAAAUAAAAUACUAGGCGCUAUAACCUGCUGAUGUUCUUUAUUUUCCCUCAAUGAGCAUUUGAGAAAGUAAUGAAUGAUUAGGAUGGUAAAAAUAUUGACAAAUCUCAUUAGCACAUUGAGAUUUCAACUAUUUUGCUAAUGAUCGAUGCAGUACAAUUUGUUUUUAAUCAGUGCACAAAAAUGACUCAUGGAGUUCCCAAGGCUUGAUUCACAGGCCUCUGUUCAACACAUAAAGUGCUUUUAAAAAAAAAAAAAAAAAAAAAAAUGCAGUUAAGGGUCUGAUUUCUUAUGUUAAUGGGAUAAUUAAUUUCUUUCUUUUUAUUAAAUGUAAAAAU